AUGUCUGUAACACCCACCUCAGCUGACACAGCAGCUGGCAUCGCAACUAUCACUGCGAUUGCAGCCCUCGGAAACCCAAGAGCCCUCCCCGGCACCAAGACAGUGGUCUUAGAUGCCCAGAUCUAUGUAGGCUCUCCCUCUUGCGAGUCUUUGCUUGGGAGCUUGCGAUUUUUCAAUGCGUCUGACAUGGUGUUCGAACACCAAAAUGCUCUCUAUCUCAUUUAUGCUACUUUUGCACGCAUGGAGAACGGCGUUGAUCAGCGCUCCAUUACCGACUAUAACUUUGUUGGUGAUUUACAAUGGUUAAUUCCUCUCAGCACUCAAAACAAUUGCCAGGACUUCCAGAUCGAUCCCUGCCAACGCGCUUACGUUCACCUCUCUGGACCAGUGACCAAUGUUCACAAGGAGUCUGAAACUUUCAAACUCGAUGUCGAACAUUACAUCUCCGCCUUCAGAGACUUGAACAAUUCAAACUCCAAACCCACUGGCAUCAAACCUAUUGCACCGUUCACUUGCGAAUUUUCGUCACGCUACCAGAAUCGCAAGAGACCUGUGCCUUUUGAUCGUCGAUAUGUCUCCAUUUCUGGCUUCCUCACAAACGUUAUGUAUAAACCAAAUUCUGAAGACAUCGUUGAGCGUUUUAUGGUCUCAAUUGAUCAUAUUGCAUUCUUGGGGCAGCAAAAUACUUCUACAGCUAUUCCGAAUACAUUGGAUAGUCCCUUUAAGACGCCGCGUCGUGGAAAAAGCCUGAUCGACUACAAACGUGGUAGACCAUCUACACCAAUUACAACUACCAUUGUUUCACCUACCACGCCAGCCACUCCGACUCCGGCUCAAGGCCCUCCUCGGAAGCGCCAACGCGUCGAAGCAGAUCAAUCCUCUGACGCGAACUCAGGCGAUAUAUAUGUGUCAGAGGAAUGA